UACAGUAGUGGAGUGGAGUUGAAGCUUAUCGGACCCCUCCGUCACGUCUCAAGAGGCGUUUACGUACUCCGCAUUCCAAACUUGCGCGUGCAAAGCUUUGAGCUUCUCCAGACCAGAGCAUCCGAAUUAUUACAACACAGCCAUUUUCACAGACUCACCAUGGGCAAACGAAAGAAGGCUGCAAAGAAACCCACGGGCAAAAAGAACGAACCUCUAGCAAAGUCAUUCCCUUGUCUCUUCUGCAACCACGAGAAUUCUGUCUCGGUGGAGAUCGACAAGAAAGGUGGCGUGGGCAACCUAUCCUGCAAAGUAUGCAGCCAACAGUUCCAAUGCGCCAUCAACUAUCUCUCGGCAGCUGUUGAUGUUUACUCGGAAUGGGUUGAUGCUUGCGACACGGUAGCGAAAGACGAUGGCGAGGAAGGUGGUGGCAGUUUUGCCCCAGCGCGCGCUCCUGUUGCUAGCAGACCGAGUGUUGGAAAUACUAGAGACGACGACGACGACGAUGACCACGACGAUAUUAUAGAUGAUGAGGACGGGCUGGGUGGCUAUGGUGGGCAUGGUGUCGUGGCGGACGAUGAAUAUUGA